AUGCAAUUCUCUCUCCUCACCCUUCUAACUAUCUGUGCCCAUGUCACUGCACUGCCUGGGUUGCUUGACAACAAUGGCAGAUGGACCUCUACCUCCCGGUGUACAUCAACUGGUACGGCUACCGUCACCACCAAGAAUCCCGUCACCACUACGGACACCAUCACCGCUACAGUUACCGUCACUACCACGGAUGCUGUCACCACUACUGACACCAUCAGUGUCACCACUACUGACACCGUCAGUGUCACCACUACCCGCACUCAGACAGCUACCUCGACCGGGGGUUGGGGUACCCACGGGAGUGGGAACUGGUAA